UUCGUUUGGUAGUACUUUGAGGUUAUUGCAUAAUAAAAAUGUAAGUGUAAUAAAAGCAGCAAGAAAUGAAAUUCGCCGGAAUUUUUAUUUCGCUUUCUACAAUUGUGGCCUUACUUUAUUUUUUCGGCGUGCUGUUUUUCUUAUCCGACCAUGAGCCGCACGAUAACUGUCAAAUGACUUAUAUGUUCGAAUAUCCUCAGUACAUUAGAAUUUCACAAAGUAUUGAUCGAAAAUAUCCCAAUUAUGGCCUUUUUGUUUAUGGCGAAGGUAGAACUACUGCAAAAGCUAGGAAUAUGGAUUUCAAUGGGAUUCCCAUAUUAUUUGUUCCUGGUAACUCGGGCUCUUACCAGCAAGUGAGGUCACUUGCAUCAGUAGCUUUAAGAAAAGCAUUAAACUCUAGAACAAAUUAUCAUUUUGACUAUUUUACUGUGAAUUUUAAUUCAGAGUACAGUGCUGUCUAUGGUCCUCUGUUAAAUUGCCAAUUAGAAUAUGUAAAUCAUUCUAUAUAUAGAGUGUUAGAGUUGUAUGGCAAAAAUGCAAAUGGGGCUAAACAGGUCAUUCUGAUUGGCCACUCCAUAGGCGGUGUAAUAGCAGAAAAAGUUCUCUCACUUUUGCCCAUUGGUUCAAAUGUGGUUCCUAUGGUCAUAACAUUAGCAGCACCUUUUCAAAGACCUUUAAUUAUUUUUGAUAAAUAUUUGGAAGACUUUUAUUGGAUGUAUCAAAAUAGUCACGAUAAUACAAAUAUUUUUAGCAUUGCUGGUGGGUUCAGCGAUUUUUUAAUUCCAAGUUAUUUGACAGAAUUGAAUGACAAUCAUUCAAUACAUUUAGUGACUACUAAUAUUCCCCGCUCAUGGAUAGAGGCUGGUCAUGUCCAAAUCGUUUGGUGUAAACAAACAGUCUUGGCUUUAAACAGAGCACUUUUUGAUAUUGUGGAUUUUAAAACUAAAAAAAUUAUCAGUAACAAAACAAGCAUAGAAAACAUUUUUAAACAUCAUUUAAUUAGUAAUAGCGGUACAAAAGUUCAUCUCAGGUCAGAACUUACAAAGCAAACAAACCUUGAAUCUAAUGGGGAAUGGAUAGAGAAUCUGAAUAAACAGUUUUCAGUACAAUGGAAGAAAGGUGUAAGGCAACCUCACUGGCAUAUGAUAGGGCUGACCAGUCAGCCUAACUAUGAAAUGUUGACAGUGUUAGCUGUAAACAUGGAGACUCAAAAUUGGAUAUAUGCUUGUAAUGCCGCUUAUACAAAAGGCGCAAGCCGCGUAUGUUUAAAUGGGCUGCAUCUGUCUCAUUUUUCCGAAAUUAUACCUUCUGCUAAAUAUAAACGUCGGUUAAUCACACUCAACAUGCACAAACUGCGUAAAAGUAAUUUUGAACUCACACAUGUUGUGUUUGCUGCUAUGCCUACUUCAGAGCCACUUUCCUUCCAUGUAGAUAACUAUGGAUCUUUCGAACGAAAGUGCAUCGUAUCAUUACCACUGUUACCAUUUAAAAAACACAUAAUUGUGCUUGAAACACCUCCGCGUGCAGUUAUUUAUAAUAUCCAUCUUACAAAUUUAAAAAAUAUGCUACAAUCGUAUCAGAUCUUUGUGGAACCAAAUAAUUGUUCAACAGUAGAACACCAUGCUACUAUUAUAUUAAUUGUUCCUUGGAGUAAUCAAAAUGUGCAUCAACACUUUAUGAAAAAAGUGAACAAUCCAUUUCAUUUGCGACUACAAGGAGUCAAACCAAAAAAUUCUCAGCCAGCUCACCUUAAAUUAAUUUUAGAGCCAACAUGUACUUAUAAAAUCAGCGCCAAAGUCCACGUGAUUGGCAUGUUUGGUCAAAUGGCUAGACUUUAUUCUCCUCUGCUACUAUCAAACAUUGCCAUUGUAGUUUUGUUGGGCUUUCAAGAACUGUUGCUUCAAAUAAGUAGUUGUAAAAAGGGCACUAUAUUUUUUCCACCACUUAUAGGGAGUGUUAAGCAUGGAAGCAUUAUACUACUGUCUAUGGCCAUAAACAAAUUGUUAAGUUUUCCAUUUGUUCUUUCUUACGUGCCAGUUCCAGACACUUUACUUUUUCCUAAUGGAGGUGAUGAUCUGACAGAUUUUCUUUUAAUGCCAAUCCUAAUGUACAUGGUAAGCAGCAUUAUUGUUGCAAUCUUGGUCAGUGGAUAUUACUUAUCACUAUUUGCUUUGGAGUCCACUAUACACAAAUUGGUGACAAGAGUUUUCGCCAGGACCGUUACAUUCACAAUAAAAUUUUCAGAUUAUUUGGUAAAAUUUUUGCAGAGGGUACCUUUUGUAGUAAUUGGGUUCCUUAUUUUUCUAUGUAUGUCGACUUGCGGGGGCUUGGGUUUAUGUGUUGGAAUGGUUUUUUAUUUUCUUAAACUGACGGAAAUGUCACAGGAUUAUGUUGAAGAUGUAAUAUGGAUUGUAGUUAAGCGAAUAGUGAAAAGAUGCAAAUAUGCAUUAAGUCAUAAAGAGAACAAUGCUCUUUCUAAAAGCAAAAAUGAACAAACACAGAAUAAUGGUAAACAUUUCUUAAUGGAAUCAAAAAAUUCUGUGGCAGACUCCAAAAAAGGUGAAACGGAAGGAAGAAAUAAUCUUAAUAACCAGAAUAUGAACAAAGAUGUAACAAAUGAACAAUCUUAUAGUCCAAUAUUCUUCCAUACUGCAUUAUUUUUUAUCUGGGCACUGGUUACAAUUUUGAAUAUACCUUCAGUAUUGACAUGGGCUCAUAAUUUCAUGUAUAGUAAAAUACUAAUACCUGAUGUGUCAUUUUUGCCAGGAUUGGUGUUGAGCAUAUGCGCUUUGCCUUUGUGGCAUCUGGAACUUCCUAGAACUAACAGGAAAUAUGCAUUUGAACUGCAUAUAGUUAUCAUUGGGCUGAUUGUGUUUUGCCAUGCUUAUGGAACAAUUUCAGUAUUUAGACUAAAUUAUGUAUUAACAUUAAUAUUUGCCCUUGUUAUCAUCCAACAAGUAUUUGCCCCUAUUCAGGUAACCAGUGUUGAAUCUGAUGCUGAAGAUGAUCAACAGCAAAAGAAAUAUGAAGAAACGAAAAUGAAGUUGGAUUAAUCUACAUUGUCUCUAAUGAAGCCUGUGUUAAGUUAAAAACAAAAAUCUGCUAGCUGAAUAGCAAUAGCAGCAAAUAAGCAGUAUUGUGAAAAGUGAUAGUUCAGACCUUAUGAAGCAAAAAAUAAAAUGUACUUUUUUAACAUCCUCAAGGUGGCCAUCAACACUUUUCACAUUUCAAAUUCCAGUGGCGCACCAGGAUCCUUAUGUGCUGUACAUUUCAUGACCCAAGAAGAGUUAUUGUAUCAAUUGUUUAAAAGGAUAUGUUUUAAAGAGCCUUAUUAUUUAUUGAAUAAA